UCGGGUCUCCAAUCGGCAGCCGGCGGCUCUGGAAAGGGUGUUGUUUUGUCCCACGAUCGCAGUUCUCAGAAAUCGCCGUGAACAGUCCGCUCACAGUUUCUUGAACGCGGGUUAGCCGCCAGCGGGAGAUCCGUUUGGUGCGGUGCGAAAUGGCAAAGCAAAUUUGGCUCGUAUUGUUAACGUGCAUCUCAGUGGGAAACUGCGCAAAACUGUUAACCGUGGCCCUGAUGGGUGGAAGUCAUACUCUGAUGAUGGAGGAAAUCUCAAAGAUCUUGGCACGGGAGGGCCAUAGUGUAUCCAACUUCCAUCACGUGCUCAAUUCAUUUGAUGAACCAGAGAUCACACGAGAUAAUUAUACAUACAUCCCUUGGAGCAUUGGAGGAAGUUAUCCAGAAAUACACCGAAAAGUCAAGUAUGCAUUUGUGCAGAAUGCUCUUCAAGGAAAGUAUUCUCUUCAUUGGUUCUUCAAUAUCUUGGAUUUGCAUGCUUAUGAGUGUGACAAGCUGUUAUCUGAUUCUGAUGUAUUGACCAGGCUAAGGAACAAAAACUUUGACCUGCUGGUGAUUGAGGCCUUUCACUUCUGUACCUUUCUGCUGGCCGAGAAGCUCCAGGUGCCUUUUGUUGCCAUCUAUGGCACCUCGGCCUACAACGCGCGCUACAUUCACAUGCCCUCAAACCCCAGUUACGUGCCUGCCUUUAUGUCCCACUUGACGGAUUCCAUGAACUUUCUUGAGCGCCUCCAGAAUGCCUGGGUGCAACUGCGGAACUAUUUUGAAGGUCGGAUGUGUUUCAGUCGCUUUGACGGUGUGAUCAGGAAGCAUUUCUCGGGCGAGGAUAUAAAUCUGGAGGACCUACAGCAUAAAGCAGAGCUCUGGAUCUAUAACACGGGCUUCUUCUUGGAAUAUCCUCGACCACUGCAGCCCAAUGUGGUCUUUGUUGGUAGUUAUCUCGCUAAGCCUGCUGAAUCAUUGCCCCAGGAAAUAGAGGACUUUGUAACAAGCGAGCAGGGCUUCAUCGUAGUGGCUUUAGGUACAAUGGCGGAGUCAAUCACAGAUCAGCACCUGGUAAAGAAGAUGACCAGAGUUUUCUCUCAGCUUCCACACAAGGUCAUAUGGCGAUUCAACAACAGUUCCUGGCCUCCUGGCCUCAGCCUUCCCAGUAAUGUGAAAAUAUACAAAUGGCUUCCACAGAAUGACUUGCUGGGACACCCGCAGGUCCAAGCAUUCAUUUCGCAUGGGGGGAUAAACAGUUUGCACCAGGCCGUGUACCACGGAGUCCCAGUGCUGGGUAUGGCUCUCUUCUACGACCAGAUGGACAACAUCAUCCGCUUGGUGAGCAAAGGAAUGGCCCUUUCUAUAUCCGUAGGAGAACUGGAAGAAGAGACUUUACGCACAAAGCUGACACAACUACUAACCAACCCCAGCUUCAAGCAGAAUGCCAUCAGGACAAGCAAGCAACUCAGGUUCCAGCCCUUCACCACGGCAGAGCUCACCAGCAGGUGGAUUGAGUCGAUUCUGAAAGUCGGAAGUGGGGCACACUUAAAGCCUCAUUCUUACCAAAUGCCUACGUACCAGCUGUACUUACUGGACGUCUGUGGCUUUGCAUUGGUGGCUGUAGUGUUGAUCGUAUUCUGUGCCUACCAAGUCCUCAGGAGCCUGAUACACCGAUUGCGUCCGACCAAAGCUGGAAAGAAGGAAAAAGCCACUUAGUGGGAAUAUGUAUCGUCAAAGCCCCAGUGAGCCACUUUGCUUCCCACAGUUAGAAUGUGUCAUAGGGUCUGGGAAACUUUUUUUAUUCUAUCAUAUAGAUGCCUAGACUUAUUCCUAGAUAAUGACAAUGAUUUGUACUUCGUCUUUAAAAUUAACAUUUAGGCAAAAAUCACUAUAGUACAGGGAGCUUACUGUGCUUAUUGAAUCAGAAUUUGAUUCAAAAUUAGGUUUAAUAUCACUGAUAUAUGUCAUGGAAUUUGUUGUGUUAUGGAAGCAGUAGAACAUUAGAACUACAAACUAAGAAAUAUAAAUUAAAUAAAUAAUCAAAAGAGCAAAAAUAGUGAGUGGUGAUCAUGGGCUGGGUGUGAAAUUUGUUGCUUUGCGGCAGCUGUACAGCACAAUAUUUAAUAAUAAAAAGUUACAUGAAGAAAAUAUAUAUGCAAAUUUUUAAAAAUAAGUUGUGCAAAAGAGUAAAAAAAGAACAAAAAGUAGUGAGGUAGUGUACAUGAGUUCAUUGUCCAUUCAGAGAUCUGACGGUGGAGAGGAAGAAUCUGUUCCUGAAAUGUGGAGUAUGUGUCUUUAGGCGAUGAGAAGAGGGCAUGUCCUUAAUGGUGGAUGCCACCUUUUGAAAAUGCCCUUGAUGGUGCGAAGGCUGGUGCCCAUGAUGGAGAUGGCUGAAUUUAUAGCCCUCUGCAGAUUUUUCCUAUCCUGCACAGCAGCACCUCCAUUCCAGACAAUGAUAAAACCAGUCAGAAUGCUCUUCAUGAUUCAUCUGUAGAAAUUUGCUAUUGUCUUUGGUGAUAUACCAAAUCUCCUCAAGUGAAAGGCUCACUGGCAAACUCAAGCACAGGAAUCACAGAGACUUCAGCAAUUAAAAUAAAACUAAAGAUUUAAUACAGGAAUUAAGAAAAAACUAGCACAAGCUCAGUCUGAGUUUCAAAGAGGGGGUGGCAUGUCCCCCGAAAUAUAUCCUGGAGCCCAUAGGAAUUCUGCAGCAAUCAGGUAACGCAAGUGUCCGGACAAAGCAAUAAUCCCCGAAGCCAACAACUACAAAGCAAGACAUUGAAUAUACUGUGCUGAUGAUGCCAAAUUGAAAAAAAUUAUAAAUAUAGAGUUUAACCAUUCCCGUGAUACCAAAUGAUACCAAAACCUGCAAACCAAAGUGAAAAUCCAGAGCUAGCCCAAAGACAAUUAGACAUAAAAGGUAAACAAACCAAGGACAAUGCAUUCCAAUGAGGUGACACUGAGAAAAUACAGUCCACCCACUAAUCCACAAAAAACACAUUUUUGAAGAAUGAUCCCUGGUUGUGACAUCAAUGAAGUAAAGCCGCAGUUGUGCCUUUUUCAUCAAUUGCAUCAAUAUGUUGUUUGUUGCUUAUCUUAUGCCAUGAUGAUCAAAUGGAGUGCGAGAGGGCAUGCUACAUUGGCAACACUUGCAGGCUGCCCCUGGCACACCCCCAGGUUGUGUUGAUUGUCGACACAAGCGAGAUGUUUCACUGUAUGUUUCCCUGUGCUUAAUGAUAAAUGAAUCUGAAUUGGAAUCAGUGCUUUAUGCAAUCAAUGCAGAACUAAUCUCAAUCAGGUUUAAUAUCACAGAUAUACGUUGUGAAAUUUGUUUUGUGGCAGCAUUACAGUGCAAUACAUAAAAAUUACUAUGAAUUACAAUAUGAAAAAUAUGCAAAAACUGAAUUUAAAAAGUAGUGCAUAAAGUGUAGUGGGAAGCCACGGGAAGGUAACAGUUAGUGUCACUCGGGGCGUUGGAGUUCAGAGUUCAAUUCCAAUGUCAUUUGGAGUUUGUACGAGGGGUGAUAAGUUUGUAGCCUAAGGUAGAAGGAGUCAAUUUUAGAAAACCUAGCACAUUUAUUUUUCAACAUAGUCCCCUCCUACAUUUACACACUUAGUCCAGCGGUCUUGGAGCAUACUGAUCUUGGACCUCUAGAAUAAGUUCGUGGCCUAAGGUAGGAGAUGAGUUAUACAGUUCUCGUUACAUGCACUUGCAGUUCAACUCUUUGAGUGAUUAUGCAGACAGUUUGACGUUAAUAACUCAUCUCCUUCUACCUUAGGCCAUGAUCACUCCUCAUACGUUCUCCCUGUGAAUUCUGUGGGUUUCCUUUGGCUGCUCCAGUUUCUUCCCUCAGUCCAAAGAUGAACUAAGUAGCCUAAUUGGUCACUUUAAAUUGGCCUGUGAUUAGGCUAAGUUUACAUAAUUGGGUUGUUGGGUGGUGCGGCUCAAUGGACUUGAAGGAUCUGUUCCGCGAUGUGGCUGUUAAAAAAAAAUAGAGAGCAAAAAGAGUGUGGUGGUUUUCAUGGGUUGGUUCAUUGUCCAUUCAGACAUCUGCUAGUGGAGAGGUAGAAGCUGUUGCUAAAACAUUGGAGUAGUUUACAAAGUUGGUGCAGGAUCAUUACACUACCUAGAGAUUAGGGUAAGACAUUGAACCAAGAGCCUGUCAGUUUGCCAAGAUAGACACGAUAAUACCAAGUGCUAUCUAAAUGUGACCAAGGUGUUUCAUUCAUAUCUAGGACAAGAUUAAAUUUAAUCCAUUGUGGAAAGGGCAGAUAGUUGAGUCAUUAAUUAUUUCAAAGACCUUGCACUGGUGAUAUUAAGUAGUGUAUGCCCAAAGUUCAAAGUACGUUUAUUAUCAAAGCAUAUAUGCAGUAUUCAACCCUGAGAUUCUUCUUCCCACAGGCAGCUAUGAAACAAACCCCAUGGAACAUCUUCAAAGAAAACAUCAAACACCCAACACACACAAAAAAAAACAAAUCGCAUAAAUAGCAAAAGCAGAAGCGAUUAAUACACUGGAUAUUAAACAUCAAACCGCAGAAUCCUUGAAACAGCCGGGGAAUGUUUAGUGUAGUUCAGUUCAAUUCAGUGCUGUGCCUUUCAACAUAAGAAAAUUGACAGUAAUGCAGAGGUUAUCCAUAGGCCAUAAUAGGGGCUGGGAACUCUAUUGGUUGUCGAAGGACUACACAAAACCAUCUUUGUUUUAUAUUUGAUCAUCAGCAUGGAAUGAACUGACAACAGAAGUGGUAGGUGCAUUUUCAAUUAGAACAUAGAACAGCAGAGCACAGCAACAGACUUUUCCAUCCACAAGGUUUAGCCGAACCUAAGGAUUUAGUAAUCAAAUGGCCAACUAAACUAAUCCUUGAGCCUGCACAAUGUCCAUAUCCCUCCACUUUCCUCACAUUCAUGUGCCUAUUAAAUGACUCUUAAAAGUCCCUAAUGUAUCUGCUUUUACCACCACCCCAGGCAGCUCAUUCCAGACACCCAUCACUCUCUGUGUUUAAAAACUUGCCCCUCGCAACUCCUUUGCAGUUACCCCCUCUCACCUUAAAUGCAUGCCCUCUGGUAGUAGACAUCUUAAUCCUUGGAAAGAGACAUUGUAUGUCUACUCUAUCUGUGUGUCUCAUAAUCUUACAGACCUUUAUCAGAUCUCCCUUCAGCCUCUGCUGCUCCAGAGAAAACAGCCUAAGUUUGUCCAACAUCUCAUUAUAAUGUGCCCUCUGAUCCAGACACCAUUCUGGUAAACCUCUUUUGCACCCUCUCCAAGGCCUCAAUGGUCUUGCUAUAAAGGGGAAACCAGGAUUAUAUGCAGUACUCCAGAUGCGGUCUAAUUAGAGUUUUGUAACGUUGCAACAAAACAUAAUUAGAAAUUUGGAUGGGUAGUGGUAGAUGGUACUAGACAGAAAACCAAGUUGGCACAGACUAGAUGGGUUGCAGGGCCUGUUUCAGUGCUGUAGAGCUCUAUGACUUUUUGUUCGAAAACCUAAUGGUGUAAAGUUUGGUCAUUGUUAUAAUGUUGAAAAUAUUUCAAUCAGUUUGUACACAGGAAGCUCCAACAUACAGCAGCGGUUAGUAAUUCAGAAUAUAGAAGUGUAGAGCACUGGAACAGGCUCUUUGGACCAUUGGGGUCAAACUAAUUAUGUUAAUGACACCUAAUCUCUUCUGUCUGCACAUGUACAUAUCCCUCAGAAGAGACGAUAAGAUAAAGGAAUAGAAUUAGGCCAUUUGGCCCAUUGAAUCUGCUCCGAGAGCUGGAAAGGUAAUUAUAAGGAUAUGGGAAGUAGGUGAGGGAAUAGGAUAAGUCAGCUAGGUAUCUGAGGCUUUAUUUGACUUGAAAGGCCAAACUGUUUCCUUCUGUACCUCAAUCAUUUUGUAAACUGCCUAUUCUUUAGCUUUUGAAAAUAACUAACAAAACAGUCCCGAAGCAUUUAAUUGACAUUAGUAUUUUCCUUGAUCUGCUCUAAUUUAUUUUGUACUAAAUAAAGCACCAUGGAUUCAUUACACGUAGAUUCUGAUAAGUCUGGUAAGAUGGCUGGGCAUGCAGACACAGCGACCUCUCGGGGUCCAACCAAAGGUGCUUUUUUAUCUUUGUUAAAUGAGUUAUUAUUUUUGUAAGACUAUACUGGACUCCAAUAACUAUUGGUGCAGCAGGUCUACCAUAUCAGUGAGCUGCUCGUUGUUUGAAGUAGCCGGCUGUGAGUGGAGAAUCGGGCCACCAGGCCAUGAGGACAGAGUCGAGCUGCAGGAGAGAUGACCUGGGUGCAGAUCAUGUUGCUGCCUGCUACUCAAAGGCAUAGGAGUUGGUGUGCAAAGGCAGUGUGCAGUGAAACCGUGAAUGACUUUUCUGGGCCCUGUUGGACAUUGAUUGCCGCAGGCCUGUUUCUCUUGUUUGGUGGAGUCACAGCAGGCGAGGCUGCAGUGACACCUCUGUUGUAGCAAGGACUGGUCCUCAAGCCUCGGGCUUGUCUGCUGCUGUAGUCCAGUUGAGGAGAUGCCGGAGACUGUGUAGUGAGGUGUCUGUGCUCAGUUGUGGGUGGCCUCUCCUAUCAAUGCUGCCCUGCAGUGUUGGAUCCAUGGAAUUACCAGCUGGGCUGCCAGGAACCAUAAACAUGUGUGAUUUUUCACUCAGACUGUCUCUUGCGUGACUAUAUUGUUUUUUCUCUCUCGCUAUUUUCAAUGUGCAUGUAUGUUUUUGCACCUUGGCCCCAAAGGAACAUUGUCUAUUUUAGCUGUAUUCAUGUAUGGUUUGAAUUAUGAAACUCAAUUUGAUUUCGAUUUGAGUCUGUUGAAUAUUUUGAAUGUGCACUCAGGAU